AUGCUGAACAAGUACAGAUGGUAUUUGAUGAACUCAGUUAUAUGGUACGUCAUAGAGCUUAGCACAUCUUCCAAGUUUAAACUUAGGCUUUAACAGAAUAAGCAAACCAAUAUAGUAACCUCCAUAAACAUAUUUCAGGUCGUUUGCUUUCAAUACGAUGUCAACCUUUAGUGGUACAAUAACUCUAUUUCCACUUCCAUGUUACUAUGGUAUUAAUAUUGCUUCAAGACUGCACGGGAAUUAUCAAAUAGCAUAUUUCUUUGUGACAGUCAAUUGUUUAACGUGUAAAUGCGUAGCUGUGGCAAUGCAAAUUGAACACAGAUUCAAUUGUACAUUGUCGCGCAACUCUUUGUGGUGUCGUUUGGUUUCUGGCUCAGUACGAUAUGAGGUUUGCUUUCGAAUUGGAAUAUAUGUGGCCUGCUUCUUGAUUACAAAUGUAAGUUGUUGUUUUUGUUUUAAAGGUUACAAGAUGAUCAUUUUACUUUUCUACAGCUAGAAGUAGCUCAACGAUACAACCUGAACGCUUAAAAUUGUUUCUAUUACCUUUAGGUAUCUGCAUAUUUCACAUUUCCAAAUCAGCAACAACAGCAUGACUUCCUGGUCACCCUUGACCCUUCACUAGAAUUACUUUACAUCAAACAUCCCGACCUGACAUGUUUUUCCUACAAGCUAAACCUCUACAUUUUGAUCCCUAUCUGCUCACUGUUUGUCAUAUCAUGUGUACUUCUAUAUAAAAUGCUGUACGUUACCUACUACAACAUUUACCACAACUACUAUUCUUCAGCAACACGACGGCUUCAAAUCAUGCUCUUCAACUCUCUAUUAGCUCAAUCAGUUUUAAUCACAGUUUUAGCGUUUGUACCGGCGUUCUUACUGUUUGUUUUACCAUUGUUUGGGAUGCGACAUAUGCCUCAGAUAUCGGUGAUUUGUAUCAUGGGUAUUUUAACACAUACACCAUUGGAUUGUGUGCUGAUGCUUAUGUUUAUUGCACCGUACCGGCGGUUUUUGCACAAACAGUGGAAAUGGUUGUUUGGGAGGGAAACGCCCGUUAAAACUAAAGUCAUCAUUGUUAGUUAUAGUUAUAAAUAAAUUUUUUGAAGGUAUUGUACGAUAGAGAUAAGAAAUGUCUGUGAGAUACAUUCUUAUACUGAAUAUAUGUCAAAGCCGCUUUAGUGUAAACGUUUUGUUUUAACUUUUCACCCAAGGAUAACCUUUUUUUCAAAACAUUCCUCAUCUACAACAGAAUCAUUUACAUUCAUAUAUAAACUGUCAUCAACCUCAAAAUUGUUCCCAUCAACAUUCAAGCCGAGGCUCAAGCCAAGGUCGGGCUUGUGUGGCGGGUCGGAGAGAUAGAAGAUUAGGCCAGCCACUUUACAAAUCCAGUACUUCAUUUCACUUACUUUACAAUCUUAAAGCGUCUACAUUUACAACUCGGGAGAUAUAUAUUAGAUUAGAUGAUUUUUGAUGUCGCAGGUUGUAACGUACAGUGUUGAUGUGCAAAGAUGCUCAUGGGUCAGAUGAAGACCAACGGAGCUAUCCUUGAGUUUGACGUUUCCCAUAAUUGGGCCUCUCCAUAGAUAUUUCACUGUUUCUCGCGUCAUUGAAUCGUGAGUGAGGUGUUCUAUAAGGCUUCUCGCGUUCAAUUAUAUACUCGUGUAGGCCAAGUAUAGACGUUCCUAGUCCCCGUGCACUGAGCAGUACUCAUUCCUCAAGGCCAGUGUUUUGCCGGACCGGUCCGGACCGACAACUUUUCAGACCGGUCCGGACCGGCCCGGCAAAACACUGCUCAUGGCGCUUGAGUUGGGUGGGGCGCGGGGUCGAACCAAGGUCCUUCCGAAUAGUGAGCGGCGUCACAGCCACUGCACUACCAACACACUAAAAGUUAAAAAAUAAAAAUAUUGAAAAAUUUUAAAUAUUAAAAAUGACACUAACAGUAAAAUCGAAAAAUAAAAAAAAAUUAAAGGUCAAAAAUCUUUGAAAAAGAAAAACCUUUACCGUAAACCAAAAAUUAUAUAUUUUUGUUAUACUUUCAGAAAACCACCAUCUACCUAGACGAGCCCGGAGCUGAACUACUGGACUCAGAAUCCCUAAUACCGUCUGAUCCAACAAUUGUUCCGUUCUCAAAAACUAAUGUCAUUACUCCCGUAGACUCUAAAAACGAUGACAAUAACCAAAAAUCUCUACAAAGCGUUACGACCUUUUCUCCUGAUUCUCGUUUCAACAUGGAUAAUAUAAGAAGAUCAAUGGAGAAUAUAAAGAACAAUUUGGAUAGUAUCAAGUUUACCGAUUCUUCAAAACAACCAUAUCCGUCGUUACCGUAUGAAUACACUAGUAAAUACGAAAAGUUGCCGUUACCGCCUGAGUUGCCAAAUUCAAGACUGUUGCCACUGAGCGAAUUUCAUUUAGGUGGUAGUGAAGUCUCGGAUUUUGGAAUGUAUUGGAGCAAAACUAGUGGAAAUGACGAACAAUUACGUCAGGGAAAGCGUUUUGAAUAUAUUCCUGAAAAAAUUAGUAGAAACAAGAAUGGAGAAUAUAAGAUUGAUGUCAAGGAAGGUCGGUUUGAAGAGCGUGAAGGUAAGGAAUAGUGGAUAAACUUAGCUUUAAGACAGGUAGGGUAGAGUUUUUGCUAAAGCUAGGGCUAUGGCCAGAACCGGAGCAAGGGUUAAAGCUAGAGUAAGGUUUGGGUAUUGGGCUAAAGCUUUGGGUUAAGGCUUUGAGCUAGUCUUUUGGGUUAAGACUAGAAUUUUAGGCUUUGAACUAGAACCCGUGUUUAAUCUAGAGCUAAGACAAGACCACGGGUAAGACUAGUGAAUCUAGGGCUGGGGAUGCGGGUUUGGGAUGGUCUAGAACUAGAGCCAGGGUUGAAGUUGGAGCUACGGAUAGGGUUAGGGCUCUGGUCUAGGGCUCUGGGCUAGAGCUCUGGGCUAGGGUUCUGGGCUAGGACUCAGGGGCUAGAGCUCAGGGGCUAGGGCUCAUGAUCUAAGACCAGGCUUGGACACAGGGCAGGGCAGGGCAUAGGGCAUGGUUUGAAAUUUUUUUACAGGGCAGGGCAGGGCAUAGCUUGGAACAAGGCAGGGCAUGCCCUAUGCCCUGCAUUACCCUGCGAAUGCCCUGUUUGUGCCAUGGUAAGUUUUGGCGGACGCCUUUGCCGAGCGGUCGAUAUCGGCGAACGCCAUAACUUGGUUAGUUUAGCAGCUAGAAACAUGUAGUUCAAUUCAGAAGUUAUUAUAUGUCAUACGCUGCAAGUAAAAGCAUAAUUUUAAUAUUUUAAAAGUAGUAUUGUUAUCGACCGGUUGAUAAUUUUUAGUAUAUUUUAAUUGCAAAUUUUAUAUAUAUUCUUAUCGCUCCGUUGUUCUAAAUUGUAUAGAAAUUGCAUUAGAUACAAUUCUAAGCAAAAAACUUUGUUUUUUGUAAAAAUUAAGCAUUUGUAAAUUAUCGACCGGUCGAUAACAAUAUUGUUUUCAAAAACAUAAAUUUCUGGCUUAAUGUGAAGGUUAUGACAGAUAACAAUUUCUGCACUUAACUACAUUUUUCUAUCUGCUACACUAACCAAGUUAUGACGUCCGCUGAUUAUCGACCACUCGGCGGAGGCAUCCGCCAAAAUAUACCCAAAUGCCCUGUAAAUACCCUGUAAAUGCCCUGAUGCCCUGCAGGGCAAGGGCAGGGCAGGGCACAGGGCAGGGCAUGGAAAUUUGCCAAUGCCCUGCCCUGUGUCCAAGCCUGUCUAGGACUCAGGGGCUUGGGCUCAGGGGCUUGGGCUCAGGGGCUUGGGCUCUGGGCUUUGGGCUAGGGCUCUGGGUUAGGGCUCUGGGCUAGGGCUCUGGGCGAGGGCUCUGGGCUAGGGCUCUGGGCUUUGUGCUAAAGCUAGCUUUUGGUAAGCCUAGGCUAGUUCUGAAUAAGGCAAAAAUUGUUUUAAAGUUGGCAUUAUGUCGAAUUUUAGGCUCAAUUCGGGCAAGAGCAGUUAUUGUAAACCGUGAUGGCCAACCACAUUUUUCCGUGGAUUUGAAAUUGAUCAUAAAUGAAAUUCAAAUGCGUCGACGGAUCUACCAUGUUAGAGAGUUUAACGUCGACGACCGCUUGAUGAGAAUUGCUAAAGAGUUGGCUAUUGACAUACUGGCCAGCCGGAGAAUACAGUAGGGUUUAUACUCCUAAAUUUAAAUUUAAAAAUUUUUUCAAAUUUGAAAACUAGCAAAAUUGAAGAACUUUCUUUACAAACCUAAAUUUUUUAAUUUUUUUUAAAUAUAAAAAGUUAUAGGCUUAACAACCGAGAUGCCAAUGUUUGGAUAGGUGGUUCCAACAUCGACCACGCAAAAGUGGUCGAUGAGUGGUGUCGAGAAAUGGCAGCUUCAAAACAAAAUUACUUCAAAUCAAGAGAUUUUUAUUCGGUUGGCGUUGGAAUGGCUUCUGAUGAUCACGAUGAAAAACUUACUGUUGUUGUCUCUGUUUAUGAAUAA